CAAGCUUACUUGAAAGUUGAAAUCACACGUUUGGAAUUUUUAAGCAGUAAUAAAUUUGUGUUGCGUUUUGUAAAAAAAGUCGUCUAAAAGAUUUCAUGAAAAAAUUUGAAUUUAGAUAAAUCAUUUGCCUUCGUCUCGCAAACGUUAUAUAAUUUUAAAGGAUAUAUUAAAAAAAAAUGUGAUUUGCCUUAAGGCAAGCAAAGUGGCCUGAUCUCGGACCUCUGUGGAGGGGAAACUUUCGGAAAAUUCAUUUAAAAACGGUGAGAAGAGUUAUAGUAAAGGAUUGUCGUAAUGGAACAAAGCUCGGAUGGCGUCGAAACAAUUGAGCAAGAUACUGUAAUAGUUGUUCCUAACGGGUUAACAGUUCAGGAGAAUAAAAAUGUUUCUUCCUUUGGCAGAAUUCUCUCAAUGUUAAAGAAUACUAGGAUUGGGCCAAACCUUGGUCCUAGUACUAGUGGUGAGGCAGGUGUGGAGGGAUCAAGAGAGGGUCUUGUUCAAAAUGGAAGCCAAGGCGGAAGAGCAUCUGGGUUUGCGAAGCUGAUUAAAAAAUACAUCGACAAGGAAGUGACCGGAAGUGCUGGAGAUGUGAGUCCUGAUUAUUUCCUUGAAAGAAUCAACUUUGUCCAGGAGGAGGAUCCCGUGUACGCAGAUAGCAAGAUUAAUUGCUGUGGAAGGGAAUGGGUUGAACUAGUUGUAGAUACAGGAAAACCGAGCCAUUACAGGUGGUUGUGGGUGAUAACCCUAGCGGUGUUGUACAAUGUACUGUUUGUGGUGGGCCGAGCCACAUUUUGGGAAUUGGAGGGAAUUUUCCCCACAGGAUGGCUGGUGCUUGACUAUUUUUGUGAUUUUUUAUACAUAGUUGAUAUCUUCAUUAGAAUGCACGAAGGGUACCUGGACCAGGGAUUGUUGGUUCGGAAACCGGAUCUUUUAAGAAGAAAUUACAUUAGAAGUAGAUAUUUACCUCUAAACAUUAUCAGUAUUUUGCCAACAGAUCUAGCGUACAUCUGGUUCCCGGGGGAGUGCUCAGAGUUCAUACCUUGUCCAGUCAUUUUCAGAAUAAACAGGAUACUGAGGGUGGAUCGUAUGCUGGAAUUCUUCGAUAAAACAGAAACAAGAACAAACUUCCCUAACGCUUUCAGAAUACUGCAGGUUGUUCUACUGAUCCUAAUCCUUAUCCACUGGAAUGCUUGUUUCUUCUUCGCAAUGAGCUUCUAUAUUGGAUUUAAGUCUGAUGAAUGGGUUUAUCAGGGUAACCCUGACCUCAUAUCCCAGUAUAUUUACAGCUUCUACUGGUCAACGCUCACCUUAACCACCAUUGGAGAGACUCCACAGCCAGUGCAGGAUGCAGAGUAUGUGUUCGUCACGAUAGACUUCAUGGUCGGGGUUCUCAUAUUUGCUACCAUUGUUGGUAAUAUCGGGUCCAUGAUCACGAAUAUGAAUGCCGGGAAGGCGGAAAUACGGACCAAGAUGGACGCCAUUAAACAGUACAUGAACUUCAGAAAGGUUGGUAGUGAAAUGGAAGGCCGAGUGAUCAAAUGGUUUGAUUAUUUGUGGUCAAACAAACAAGCAUUUGAUGAACAGUCUGUGCUGGAGAUGUUGCCAGAUAAACUGAAGGCUGAAAUAGCUAUACACGUGCACUUAAACACAUUGAAGAAGGUUCGAAUCUUCCAGGAUUGUGAGAAAGGGCUUCUUGUUGAUCUUGUUCUCAAGCUUCGGCUUCAGGUGUUCUCCCCUGGUGACUAUGUGUGCCGGAAGGGUGAUGUGGGGAAGGAGAUGUACAUCAUCAAGCAGGGAAAGCUCGACGUGGUGGCAGACGACGGGAAACAGAUCUUUGUUACACUAGGAGAUGGUGCUGUCUUUGGAGAGGUUAGUAUACUAAAUAUACCUGGGAACAAGACUGGGAACAGGAGAACAGCAAAUGUUCGCAGUGUGGGUUAUUCAGAUCUUUUCUCGCUUAGCAAAGAUGACCUUUGGGAAGCCUUGUCAGAAUACCCAGAGGCAAAAAAAAGUUUACUGGAUAAAGGGAGGCAGAUACUAAUGAAGGAUAUAUAGCAUAUAUUUAGUUUACUGGAUAAAGGGAGGCAGAUACUAAUAUAGGAUAUAUAACAUAUAUUUAGUUUACUGGAUAAAGGGAGGCAGAUAUUAAUGAAGGAUAUAUAACAUAUAUUUAGUUUACUGGAUAAAGGGAGGCAGA